AUCUUUGUUCUUGCUGUUUCUUGACCACCCAUUGGUACAAGAUCAGAGUCCUAGCUCUGACCCGUAUUUGAUCCUCUCCCCUUCCCUCCUUCACCAACCCCCCACCAAGAACAACAUCACCACCAUCCAUCAUCUUCAUCAUCAUCUUCCUCUUCUUCUUCUUCAUCAUCUUCAUCCGACCCCAGAGCCUUUCUUUCCCAGAUCAAGAAGUGGGGGGAAGCUUCCGGAAUCCAGUGCGGGUCGUUUGCUUCCCGGGCUCCGCCUGGGUUGACCCGAAACCAAUGGCGUCCGUGGGGGUCCACUGCGGCGGCGAGUGCUCCAUGAGCCGGAGCCGCUUGGACUUCCCCUCUCGCCAGGUUGAUCAUCAGAGCCCGUCGAAGCAUUGUGCUCUGACGAUACCCAAUGGGACAAGAUCGAAAACCCGGAUGCGGCGGCGCGCCGUUUCGGCGUCGAUGCCCGUCUUGGCCCCGGCCCCGGCCGGAAGGAGGUACGGGUCGAUCCCCAGGAAGCCGAAACCGUACCAGGAGUUCGAGGAGGGCACCGCGAUCGCGCACGGGAAGCUGGACGAUUGGAUGGAGGGCUCCGUGGUGGAGAUCGUGAGGAAUCUCCGCGAGGCGCCGUUGUUCGUGCACGUCUACGACCAGGACCGCGGCGGCCGGGGCGGGGGAGGGGGCGGGGUCAGGGGCAGGGAUGGCGAGUCGAUAAGGUUGAGGACGGAGAAGGGGGUGAGGGAGGCGGAUUGGGAUUGUGUGAGGAUGAAGUGGGAGAAGGGGGAGGUUCAAAAGCCUGAAGGUGUAAUCUAUGUGGAGGAGCUUGAGGACGAUGAAGAUGAAGAAGACGAUGUGACCAGGGUUUGGGGAUUGGUGGUGCAGGGGAAGGGGGCUACUUGCGGGCCGGCUUGCUAUUUGCUCAAGACCUGCGGGGUCGGGUCGGGCUUGGGGGCGUGCAGCACCCAUUUCUGCUUGAUGAAGGUGAAGAGUUUCCGAGAAUCCGCGAGAUCGCAGCUCAAGAAUUUCUGGUUGUAGCGGGAUCAGCCGAGGGUCCCAAAUCAUAAUGGGAGAGGGAGGGAGGGAGGGAGGGGGUUGCUUGAUUCUUUCGAUUCAACUGUAAGCAACAUUCGGUGCAAAUCAUCGAGGUUGAUUGGUGAUGAUUCUUAAUGAUUUGAGCUUCAAUUGUAUAGAUAAUUCACAGUAAACAAGAAAUUAAAUUCUAGUAUGAUGGCCUCUCGAUGGUUCUUUCUUUUCCCCCCUUUUGGGUGGUCAUAGAUCCGAGUCUCUAGUGCUUGGAAUUAAAGUUUGCAGUUUACGUUGCUGUUGGAGCAGACCAGAAGCAGUGCAUAGUUACCUUUAGCAAUCUGGUGAUUGAUUGAAUAAUCAUAAUUCUGAAUUUAUGGCA